CACUGCGUGGACGAAUCAUUCGAUACGUACAUCGGACGCGUAUACGCGGGCAAUUGUGGAGUCCACUGAGAAGUGCAACAGUAAAUUCCCUUGAAAACUUUUCGCCGCUGAACCGUACGCGUACAUAAAUAUUGUGAAUUCCCCCGAGACGUACUGCCGUCGAACGUUACGUCUGCGCGUUGCCCGCACACCCGGGCGGGGGGCUGGGGAUCCGCUAACUGAUAACACGUUAUCGCGAUUCGCGGUCCGCACGCGCACGAACCGUACACAACUUCGGAAGCCUAGGGACCGCGGGUCAACGUUGGACAUCGUUUCCGCACGUCGUCGUCGUCGUUUGAAACGUGCACGUCGUAUCCCGUCGUUCGAACGCCGCGGCCAGCCGGGACGGGUACCGUAAAUGUCGCGUUCCCAUGGGUUCACGGGCGUCCGGGUCUGCCCAUCGUUUCGCCGCCGAGAACCUCACGGACAGCCCGAAUAAUUGCCGCGUGACGUAACAUCGCAUUUUCCGUUCGAUCCGCUUUCGUCAGGCGGUACCGUUUCUCGCGUCGUCCGUGAUUCGUUUCCGUCGCCGUUCACGUGACGACAGACGAUUGCCAUUGUUCUACCGCGAACAGCGUUACGUUGUUAUUGUCUCGGUUGUUGUCUGUUCGUUUGAUUCUGCCCGCCGAUCGCGAACGAUCGAACGCAUAUUCACGGAGGGUGGACCGCCGCGGCAAUACCGUCGUGUAGAUCUUCGAUCGCGAACGAAUGGCCGUCGACCGAUCCGGGUAAUACUCUUGUUUAAUGGCUCACGUUAUAACGAGCGAAGCUGGCAAAUGCGAACGAUUGCAAAAGAAUCUUCUGAACUCUGUGAAACAAUGUCAAAAACGGUUCGGCAGCUCUUCCGAAAUAGCAACGGAAAUCGACCUGGAAGUCGCUAAUUUGUGUCAUUGCCUAGAAGCGAUAUUGAGUCAUGGGAUGAAGUCGAAGACUAACGCCGAAGACAAAAGUUCCUUGUUGAAACGACAAGUGUCAAAAAUUGUCACUGGACUUUCAGAUGGCGACAAGAGUCAAAAUCGCCUUGUUCCGUUCUGGUGUUUUAUUAAGGAAAUACUGAACGAAGCGGAAAUCCAACGAUUUGAUUCGCUAGCAAAUAUUAAAAAUGAUUACGGACGUGGAAAAGCAUGGUUACGUGCGUCCAUUAAUGAACGGUGUCUUGAAAAAUACAUGCAUUUAUGUAUCAAAAAUGAAAAGCUUAUUAACCAGUAUUACGAAAAAUGGGCGUUCAUGAGUAAUAGUGAAAAAAAUUCUAUAUUACCCAAUACAGCUGCUGGUUUAUCAUCAAUAGUAUUUGCCUUGAAUAUUGACAAACUUGAAUUUAAUAAAGAUGUUUUAGAUUUAACAUUAAAUGAACCAAUCAUUGACGGAGAUGUUGAUUCAGUGUUGAAAAAAGAAAGUAAUGGAAAAAUAAAGAAAGUUAAAGCAAAAGUAAUUAAUUUUGAUUCAAGUGAAGAUGAUAUUCAGACAGCUGAAGAAGUUAAAUCUGACGAGGAUGUUAUAAUGGCUGUUGGUGAUGAAGCAACAUCUAUUUCAACUAGUUCUUAUGAUAAAAUUACAGGUUAUUUUAUUGGAGAGUUUGAAGAUUUGCCGUCAACUGAAAAUGAAUUAGAAAAUAGGUUGAGAAAAUUAAGUCCAAUAGAAGAAAUGAAAGCUUAUGAAGUAUUUGUACCAGUAUCUUCUUUAAGUCCUCCUUGUGAUACAGAUGACGAGAGUAAGUCCAUAGGGUCAAAUGAUGAAAACAAUAGCUUGUGUAAAUUUGAUGAAUCAAAAGAUCAUAUUUUUUUUCUGGAAAAACAAUACAAAGAAAACAUAAGUGAACUUGAAACUAAAAUCACAGAUUUGAUUCGUGAAAACGAUUUGUUAAAACAUCAGUUACGAAAAUAUGUGAGUGCUGUACAAUUAAUGAAACAAGAUGAAAAUGAAAGUGAAGAGGCUAAAUUAUAUCAACAAAAAUUAAUUCAAGUUGCCGAAAUGCAUAGUGAAUUAAUUGAAUUAAACAGUCGUUUAAACAAUACGAUUAUAGCGAAAGAUCAUUGUAUUACUAAAUUAAGAACAGAAUUAGUAUCAUUAAGAGGUCCUUUGCCUUCAGAUGAAAUACCCCAUACAAACAUACACUUAUGGGUUCCAUCAGCAUUUUUAGUUGGGCGAAUUAGUGAUCCUCAUCAUGUAUACCAGAUUCAUGUGCGUAUUCUAAAUGAAGAAUGGAAUGUUUAUCGAAGAUACUCGCAAUUUACAGAGUUUCACAAAGAACUAAAAAAACAGUAUAAUGUUGUGUCGUCAAUUUCUCUACCACCUAAAAAGACAAUUGGAAAUAAGGGUGCCAACUUUGUUGAAGAACGGAGAAAAAAGCUUCAAAUUUACUUAAGACAAAUUAUGAACUUUUUAAUCACGAUCAAUCGGGUUCUGGCCAAUUCGCCAAACAAAUACAAAUUGGUCAACCUUGUACCAUUUUUCAGCGAACAAUACAACCAAAGCUUUUGUGGCAAAAGGUCGUGGUUGAAUUUAAGUUGUCUGAUGCCUCAAAAUUCUGUUGUUGAUUUAAACACCCGUUCUCAACCCCAUUACACUGGCUUAUGACAUAUUACAUACUCUAAGUUAUUUAUAUUGUUUUUAUAAUUAUUAUUAUUAUUACUAUUUGUUAUUGAAAUGAUUUGAUAU